UCCGUCCCCUCCAGGCCAGCUCGGGCUCCAGCUCCCGCGCCGGCGCUUCAGCUCCCACCGCGCGCCCUCCGCAGGCAAGACCUACCCUUGGAAGCGUAGAUCCAGGCGUGAGAAGUACUACCAAGCUGCCUUUGUGGCCUUCCUUAAGAAAAAAAGAAAGAUGGCCAAGGAGAAGGGCCUAAUAAGCCCCAAUGAUUUUGCCCAGCUGCAAAAGUACAUGGAAUACUCUACCAACAAGGUCAGCGAUGUCCUAAAGCUCUUUGAGGAUGGUGAAAUGGCUGAAUAUCUCCAAGGAGAUGCCAUUGGGUACGAGGGAUUCCAGCAAUUUUUGAAAAUCUAUCUGGAAGCAGAUAACAUUCCCAAUCACCUAAGCCUGGCACUGUUUCAGUCCUUCAAGAUGGGUCACUUAGAAGACACUGUGGAAAAUGACGUGGUGUGUCUCAGUGAUGUCUCCUGCUACUUUUCCCUUCUGGAGGGUGGCCGGCCAGAAGACAAGCUAGAAUUCACCUUCAAGCUGUACGACACGGACAGAAAUGGGAUCCUGGACAGCUCAGAAGUGGACAGACUCAUCAUACAGAUGAUGCGAGUGGCUGAAUACCUGGAUUGGGAUGUGUCUGAGCUGAGGCCGAUUCUUCAGGAGAUGAUGAAAGAGAUUGACUAUGACGGCAGUGGUUCUGUCUCCCUCGCCGAGUGGCUCCGGGCUGGAGCCACCACUGUGCCCCUGCUCGUGCUGCUGGGUUUGGAGAUGACUCUGAAGGACAAUGGGCAGCACCUGUGGAGACCCAAGAGGUUCCCCCGACCGGUCUACUGCAACUUGUGCGAGUCGAGCAUCGGUCUUGGCAAACAGGGGCUGAGCUGUAACCUCUGUAAGUACGUCGUUCAUGACCAGUGUGCCAUGAAGGCCUUGCCUUGUGAAGUCAGCACCUAUGCCAAGUCUCGGAAGGACAUUGGUAUCCAAUCACAUGUGUGGGUGAGAGGAGGCUGUGAGUCUGGCCGAUGCGACCGCUGUCAGAAGAAGAUCCGCAUUUACCACAGUCUAGUCGGACUGCAUUGUGUGUGGUGCCACCUAGAGAUUCAUGAUGACUGCCUGCAAGCCAUGGGUCAUGAGUGUGACUGUGGGCUGCUCCGGGAUCACAUCCUGCCUCCAUCUUCCAUCUAUCCCAGUGUCCUGGCCUCUGGACAGGAGCGUAAAGUUAGCAAAACAAGCCAGAAGACCAUGGAUGACUUAAAUUUGAGCACCUUUGAGGCUCUGCGGAUUGACCCUGUUUCUAACACCCACCCACUUCUGGUCUUUGUCAACCCUAAGAGUGGCGGGAAGCAGGGGGAGAGGGUGCUUUGGAAAUUCCAGUAUCUACUAAAUCCUCGACAGGUAUUCAACCUCCUAAAGGAUGGUCCUGAGGCAGGGCUCAGAUUCUUCAGGGAUGUUCCCGGUUGCCGGAUUUUGGUGUGUGGUGGAGAUGGCACAGUAGGCUGGAUUCUGGAGACCAUAGACAAAGCCAACUUGCCUGUUGUCCCUCCUGUUGCUGUGUUGCCCCUGGGCACUGGAAAUGAUCUGGCUCGGUGCCUAAGAUGGGGAGGAGGGUAUGAGGGACAGAAUUUGGGGAAGAUCCUCAAGGAUUUAGAGAUGAGUAAGGUGGUACAUAUGGAUCGAUGGUCCGUGGAGGUGAUACCUCAACAAACUGAAGAAAAGAGUGACCCAGUCCCCUUUCAAAUCAUCAAUAACUACUUCUCCAUUGGUGUGGAUGCCUCUAUUGCUCACCGAUUCCACAUCAUGCGAGAGAAAUAUCCUGAGAAGUUCAACAGCAGAAUGAAGAACAAGCUAUGGUACUUCGAAUUCGCCACUUCUGAAUCCAUCUUCUCAACAUGCAAAAAGCUGGAGGAGUCUUUGACAGUUGAGAUCUGUGGGAAACCACUGGAUCUGAGCAACCUGUCACUAGAAGGCAUCGCAGUGCUGAACAUCCCUAGCAUGCAUGGUGGUUCCAACCUCUGGGGUGAUACCAAGAGACCUCAUGGAGAUACCCAUGGGAUCAACCAGGCCUUAGGCGCUACAGCUAAAGUCAUCACUGACCCGGAUAUCCUGAAAACCUGUGUACCAGACCUAAGCGACAAGCGGCUGGAAGUAGUAGGGCUGGAGGGUGCAAUUGAGAUGGGCCAGAUUUAUACCAAGCUCAAGAAUGCUGGACAUCGGCUGGCCAAGUGCUCUGAAAUCACCUUCCACACCACAAAAACCCUCCCCAUGCAGAUUGAUGGAGAACCCUGGAUGCAGACACCCUGUACAAUCAAGAUCACCCACAAGAACCAGAUGCCCAUGCUCAUGGGCCCACCCCCUCGCUCCUCCAAUUUCUUUGGCUUCUUAUGCUGAGGGGAACACCUCAGCCUCCAAGCCAGCCUUGAACCCACCUCUUCAUCCCUGGACUCUACUCCUAGGCUCUGUACAUUGCUGCCACACCUCCUGCCAGCUCAGGGGAGUGUUCCUCUACCCUCUCAGUAUUUAUUAUCCUGCACCACCUCUACUAUUUCCCAUGCAUACGUGCGUGCGUGCGCGUGCGCACGCACACACACACACACACACACACAUUGAAAGUGCCUCAUCUGAAUAAAAUGACUUUUUUUCUCCCC